AGAUCAAAUCAGCAGAAGAAAAACCACCACCAAGCGAAGUGUCGAUGACUCUGGAAAAAGAUCCAAUCCCACGCCAACCUUUUCCUCUAGGGGCCGUUUCCGAUCCAGAGACAACCCCCCAAUCAUCGACGAGUCGAAGCUGGAAGUUUUGCCUCUUUUCGAAACAGAACCAAAGAUAGUCAACACCGAAGUCCUAGCCAGAAGCAGAUCCAGAGGAGGGAAUAGAGCCGACGACGAGGCUAUCGUGACAAAGCUCAAAACCGAAUCCAAUGAGAUAGAGCCUCCAGCUUACGAUUCCAGGAGUAGAGUUAAAGAAAGCUUCCUCACCAGCGCUACAGAAAACGAUGAGAAACUCAUGAAACCUGACAGGGUCAGCGUAAGUGUGAACAUUGAAUCGAGAACUCAGGCAGAUCCCACCCCGAGAAGGUCUUCGGUUGUGAGAGAGUCUGUUGUAGCGGAGGUCAGCGAGAUCACUUCUAGAAGAACGGUGGUCAGGAGGAAGAACAACAGAGGCGUUAUCAAAGCAAUUUCCACAGAGGACAAGCCUAAGGCAGUGGUUGGGAAGCUGAUACCCAACUCCAGAGGCAGCAAGAAAUCUGAGGUUAAUUUGAGCGCAAUAGGAAAGAAGAAGGAGGGAGAGGAGAUAGAUGAGGCUGAUAACUAUCCGGAACCGUUUAAGGCCUUGAUCAAAGCGAAGAAAGGGAAGAAGAAACCCGACGUAGCUUCGGAAACCCCAAGGCCAUCCAGAUCACGUGGAAGAUCCAGAUUCUCAGCCACCCAGGAAUACCAAACCUUCAAAGAAGCCACACCAGCUCAAUCGGAACCCACAAGCAGGCGGGUAGUUUCCAGAAAACGAGUUCCAGAUCACUCUGAGCACAAAACACAACCAAAACCAGUCGCUACAGAGGCUAUGGAAAGACGUUCUUUCACCGUAGCUGAAGCUCCCGAAAGACGUACGCCUAGACCGGUAACAACCGAAGCUACUGAAAGAAGAGCCUUCAAAUCGGUGCAAAAACCCAUCAGCAGACCUUCCUAUGAGGUGCAGGAAAUCGUAGACGAAACAAACCAUGAACCGUUCACAAAGGUCAAAAAAACCAGAGUGUUAACUGAAAGUAAAUUCGAAGCCCAAAACUUUCCAAGAAGAAACUCGAUUCAGCAACAACCACUAGCUUCGGAGUAUCCUGAGCUACCAAGAAGUACUUCAGUUCGGACUAUAAAGAAGCUGGUUCAUCACGAGCCAACUUCAUCUGCAGCUCCCCCUCCGGAACUUGAAGACUCCAACGCCAUAGAGGAACCUCUAGACACCACCUUCAAAACCCUCGUCGCAGACUCCAUCAGCGAGGAAUCGGUUUCGGAGGAAACUCGUGAAGAGAUUCUAAAGACGAUUCCAGCCAUAACUACACCCAGAUCUGUAGAAGCCCCCAGACCUACAAGUGGCCACAGAAGAUCAAGCGUGAGGAGGAACCCAAACACCUUCUCCGAAGCGCCCACCCAAGCAAGCAGAUCUAGGACUAGAGUUAGAGGUACCAGGGCACCCGAGGUUGUUUUUCAGGCAGCGCCUUCCACGAUACCUUCCAGGAGCAGUAGAAGAAGGAUUGAGUCGUCCACGCCUCUUGUGGAAGCUACUAGAAAAGGACCUUCUGUGUUUAGCGCUGAGUUUGCUCAUAGCGAGGGAAGAUCAAGGACAGGGAGGAAGAUAGAGACUUUUAGCCCGGAGAAGAUCACCCUAGAUCUGUCAUCGAGGGGUAGACCAAAUGAAAGAUCCAGAGAUCAAAUCAGCAGAAGAAAAACCACCACCAAGCGAAGUGUCGAUGACUCUAGAAAAAGAUCCAAUCCCACGCCAACCUUCUCCUCUAGAGGCCGUUUUCGAACGAGAGACAACCCUCCAAUCAUCGACGAAUCGAAGCUGGAAGUUUUGCCUCUUUUCGAAACAGAACCAAAAAUAGUCAAGACCGAAGUCCUAGCCAGAAGCAGAUCCAGAGGAGGCAACAGAGCUGACGAAGAGGCUAUCGUGACAAACCUCAAAACCGAAUCCAAUGAGAUAGAGCCUUCAGCUUACGAUUCCAGGAGUAGAGUUAAAGAAAGCUUCCUCACCAGCGCUACAGAAAACGAUGAGAAACUCAUGAAACCUGACAGGGUCAGC